AUGAAACUCCCAUAUGCCCUUAUUGCCUUAGUAAUGAUGAUGAUCAUGAUCGCUGCGGGCGUGAAGGCCAUCUCCACCGAUCAAUUAAUGGCAGUCAUGCCAAAAUUGAAAAGAACUAAGGCGGAGGGAUAUCUUCCAUAUUUGAAUCGGGCCAUGAGUGAUGGUAGUAUUAAUACUUGUUGUAGAAUGAGUGCGUUUUUGGCUCAACUUGCCCAUGAAUCGGGAGAUUUGGCUUGGUGGACUGAAUUUUCUUCCGGUGAGCAAUAUGAAGGAAGAAAGGAUUUGGGAAAUAUUUAUCCAGGAGAUGGUCCAAAGUAUAAAGGCCGCGGUCCAAUUCAAAUAUGUGGUAGAGCAAAUUAUAGAGCUGCUGGCCAAGCUAUUGGUGUGGAUUUAGAGAACAAUCCAACAAGAGCAUCAGACACUGAUGUCGGAUUUAAAACAGCUGCAUGGUUCUGGAAUAGUCGUUCCCUUAAUAAGUAUGCAGACUGCUCUCAAAGUGGCUUUGACACCAUCACCAAGAAGAUUAACGGAGGCUACAAUGGCAAAGAAGAUCGUGACAAGAAAUUCGCAAAUGCCAAGUCUGUUCUUGGAUGCUAA